AUGGAUAGUCUGGGGAACAUACUAUGUUCAGACUCCAGUCCUUCCUCUUUUAAUGAAGAAAAUUGCACAAUAUCUCAGCAGAAUAAUAGUAAAGAGGAUGCACAAGAGUUCCCGGAACAGAAUAAAGAGGAUGCACAAGAGUUCCCGGAAAUUGCCUUUAUUGGAACCGGCAGCUCAGUCCCGAAUAUCAAUAGAAAUGUUUCCUGUAUUAUGAUUGAAGUGGAGAAUGAUAAAUUUUUUAUGCUUGACUGUGGAGAGGGAAGUCUCAGUGAAUUGUAUCGGUUAUAUGGACUAGAAGAGAUGGAUCGUAGAUUAUUGAACCUUAAAUCAAUCUUCAUCUCACAUCAGCAUACAGACCAUCAUAUGGGUUUAAAUAGCAUCAUCCUGGCNUUAAAACUUUAA